AAUUGCACACGUGUCAUUUGUCAUGUGUGUAUAUAUUUGUACGUAAACGGAGGAUUCGCAACUCGGCAUCAUCUCCCAGAAUAAUUUGAAUGGAAACCUCAGCCUUAAUUCCCCCACUCCCAGAUCUUCUCCUCUUCUUCUCAUUCUAUCUCACAGUAUAUCUAACAGCCCACUUCCUCAUCUUCAAAAACUGGAGCUCCAAGCUCCGACCCGAAGCUGCAAGCUGCCUAAUCUCCUACUCCCAUGGCUCUCCGGCCGUUCUCCUCGCCGGAAAAGCCUUACUUUCCGAUCAAAAUCGUGGGUUUGCUUCAGCCAACACUACUUUCCAGACCCUUGUUCUUGAAUACAGUAUUGCUUACUUUUUAAUGGACCUCAUUCACUACUUAAUUUUUUACCCAACUGAUGUUCUUUUCAUAGCUCAUCAUUUAGCUACAUUGUUUGUAUUCAUGACUUGUAGAUUUGUUGUUUUUCAUGGGGCCUAUGCUGUUCUUAUGCUUUUGAUUAUUGCUGAAGUUACUAGCUUCUGUCAAAACACUUGGACUUUAGCUUGUGCAAGGAGGAAAGAUUCUGAGUUUGCUCAUAAGGUGUUUGACAUUUUGUCUCCUCCGUUUUAUGCUCUAUAUACUGUUGUUAGAGGUUUUGUGGGGCCUUGGUUUUUGUAUCAAAUGGGUGUUUUUUAUUAUAGUGGCAAAGGUGGGGAUUUGAUUCCUACGUGGGUUUGGGGUUCUUGGCUUUCAGUUGUUUUUAUGGCUAUUCUUGUUAGUAUAGUGUGGAUUUGUAAUCUUUGGGUGGAGUUGUAUAGGGAAAGAACUCGGAAAUUCGAAACCAAAGUUAGAUAGAUCAAUGAUGGAGGUGGGUUUGGUUUCUAAUUGUUGUAUGUACAUUGUUCGAAAUUUGUGGGAAAUUGAUAUAAAUCUUACGUUCUUGAUGUGAUGAAGUCAUUUGGAAAUUUGUGGGAAAUUAAUAUACAUGUUCGUUUAUAUUUUGUUCUCUUGACAAUGUGUUUUCUUUUGGAUGAAAUAUAUACUAUCGUUCCUGGUUAA